AUGGAUCGAGAUCAAGUUGAAAUCAUCCGUAUCAUCGAUGAACUAGGUGAAUGGAAACAUGCAGAUGAUCCCAAGAGAAAGAGGUUUAUCAAGGGUAGAGAAUGUAAAGAGGCAACUGCUGAAUUGUACAGAUAUCUCAGAAGAUUCGACAGUGAGAUCUACUCUAUGCUCGGACCAUUCAAUAUCAUCCAAUCAAAACUAAUACCCAUCGUUGUAUCAUAUUCAAAUGAUUUACCUUUAAUGGUAUCAAUAUUAAAAGUAUUGGUUAGAAUGACAAUACCAGUACCAACGAUAUCAGAAGGAUAUUUAAAGCAGACUGGUUAUUUAUUGGACUAUAAAGAAUCAAUGAUAAACAAAUCAUUCAUAUCAACUUUAAUUGUCAUCUUGAAGGAACCAUUAAGAAGAUUAGAAGUAUUGGAUGAAGGAAAGAAUGAAGAUUAUUAUAUUAUUGAAUUGGUUUUAUCAUUGAUCAAGAAUUUAUUGGUGAUUGCCGAUCCAGAACCACAGGCCAAUGUAUCCAUCAAGGAUUAUCGUUGUUUCCUACAUGAAAGUUUUAUUUUAAUAUUGGAAGAAUGUAAAUUUUUAGAAUUAUUUUUAAUUUUGGCACAAAAUAUUAGAGAGAAUAAGAUAUUUAAAUCAUUGAGUAUCUAUUCAUUCUUGUUAUUGGAAAUAUUUGCUUUUAUAUUCAAAAAUGAAAGUCCAGAUACUAUUUGGUCAAAUCAACCAAGACAUUUUAUUAAUAUUGAUGAUAUAUCAUCUAUUGAUAAUAAUAAUCAAAAUAAUAAUAAUAUAAAGAAAGUUGAAGCACCAAAAGAAGAUGAUAGAUUGGCAAAAUUAUUGGCACAAGAUGCAAAAUUAAAGGCUGCGUCUAGAAAGAAAACAAGUACUAGUAGAUUUGUUGGCGCAUUUAAAAAGGAGAACAAAAUAUCAUCUACACCAGACGCUCUCAAUGAUGUAACUGCUGCCAAGAUUCGUCUCAAUGCUUUGCCAAAUGCUAGUUUGCAAUCGAAUGCACCGGUCAUUGGUCGUCUCAAAGCUAGUUCUACUCGACGUAUGGCUGGUCCAUCUACAUACAAAGUGAGGGUUAUUCUCAAGUCAUGGGCCGAACAAUUCCUCGAUGGUUGUUACAACACGUUGAUGGAGUUGGUCAGUGAGGAAUUAGAACGAGCAGAGUCUGGUUUGACAUCCAACACCAUCUUGGCAACUGAUCGUAUCAACUAUUUGUCCCUCACACAUUUCUUUACCGGUUUCUCUUUAGUCUUGCUUCAACAAAACUAUGGUCAACAACAACAACAAGAAGAAGGAGGAGAAGAAGAAGAAAAGAAAAAAGAAUUUAUGAAUAAUAUUAUUGGUAGUUUGUCAUCUACUCUCUCGCUCAAUACAUUUAACUUUGUAUUCUCGUGUUGUCUAAUGUCUCGACAGACAUUUGUACCAUUUGGAACAAAGAAUAAUGCAAAUGCAACCGAUGAUGGUGGAUUGACUGAAAUGUCAAUCUCUACAAUGAAGGAGAUGGUUGCUAUCCUCCACUUUAUGGGUGUGUCUGGUAACAGCAAAAUGGAAGAGAUAUCAAUGAACAUCCAGUCAAAGAUCUACUAUGAAAGAGAUGUGUUCCUCAAACGUGUCGUCGAAAUGAUUCAAAUCUACCACCCAAAGAAGUAUCCUCAAAGUGUAUUGACCGAGUUGACCGAGUUGGCACACACCUCGAUCAGUAUGGUCGAAAGAUUCUGUCAAGUAAACAACAGCAUAUCCAUUCAUUCUCAUCGUCGAGCUAAAAAGUCUUCCACCAACAAGGGUCUCGUAGAAGAUGUCGAUGAAGAAAAGGAUCAAGAUGGCAAGGUUAUGGAUAUUGAUAAAGAUUUUAUCGAUGAUAAUGUUGAAACCAAGAAAAAGAAAAAGGAUGAAAAUAUAAAUGGAAAUGAAAAUGUAAAUGGAGUUGAUAUUGAUAUUGAAAUGAAAGAUCAAGUAGUUGAUGAUGAAAAGAAAGAAACAAAUGGUGAAAAGAAAGAGGAAAAGGAAGAAACAAAUGGUAAAAAGAAAGCAGAAGGAGACCAAAAAAAUGAAAAGAAAGAAGAGGGAGAAGGAGAAGAAGGAGAAGAAGAUAUCAUUAGAAUGAAAAGAGAAGAUGAUGAAGAUGAAUAUCAUGGUCAAAGUACAUCUAUAUCUUUUAUAUCAUUCCUUUCAGAUUUUGCCAAACCUGAUAUCGUUAACAAUAUGUGCACUCUUCUUGGAAACUAUCAUUACAACUCUGACAAAAUCAAUUAUCAACUUGUAUCUAUUUUCCAAAGAUUUAGAACUGAAUUGGAUUUGGAACCAAUGUUUUACAAAUUAUCAAUAUUUUAUUGUUUUUAUAAUUUAUUAAGAGAUCCAUUGAUUGCAAUGGAUUCAAAGGCUAUUGAUAUGGUUGGUUUUGUCAAGACCGUUGUCAAUAAUUUCUUUAAAUAUGCUGAAACUAAUCCAUCGUUGUUAUUGCAUUUGUGUCUGCCAAAGACCAAGUCGACAAGUGGUAUUAUCAUGUCAUCGGUGAUUGACGAGGAUAUGUAUGGCGCCGGCUAUGGUGGUGGGGAACAAAAGAAAUCAAGAUCAGAUAAAAUCAAACAAGAAGAAGAGUAUGACCAAGAGGAGGCCCAUCUCGGUGCCGAAGAUGACAAUGAAAAUAUCGUGCUCAACGAACGACGACCACCAAAGAGCAAGAAUAAUGCAUCAGACUCUGAAGGUGAAGAGAACAACUUUUCAGAUGAAGAACAAAUACGACACUUUAAGAGUUUACAAGAGUCUGUUGAUACUGCCACCGUUACUCGUCGUGUCAAGAAUUUGUUGAAAUUGCCAGAUGACUCUGGAAAGGCUUUCCUCAAAUGGAUCGAACAAGAACUCUAUGAUGCUAUCAAGAUACGUGGCGAACAACUCAAACUCGAUAGAUUCUCACCUUUUGUACUCAAACAUCUCAGUCUGACUGCCAAAUUCCCAUCGAUCCUCAUCAACCGAAAUGUGGUCGACCUUUUAUUGACCUCGUUCAAGUUCCGUGGAUCUGCGACGACCAAGGCCAUCAAUAGAACCUUUUCCAUCCCAGAGAAUAGAUUAUUCUCUCCUUCCUAUCUAUCCUUUUUGGUUAAACUCAUCAAUGACACCAAAUCAGAUCAAAAGAAAGCAACAAAGAAAAAACAAGUUUCUAAAGAUGAAGAAGAAGAAGAAGAAGAAUUGGAAAUCAUCGAAAAUGAACUGGAAAAAGAAAAAGUCAUUGAAAAGGAAUUGGAAAAGGAUGAAGAAGAUGAAGAAGAAACAGAGCUUGAAGAAGAAGAAGAAUUGGAAAUCAUCUAUAAUGCUAAAAAGGAUGAUUCAGACUUUGAUUUAAGUGAUGGUGAAUCAACAAACAACCAAAAAGCAAAUGUUUCAGAUCAAGAGGACGAGGAGAAACCUACUACCUCUUUACCAACAACAACAACUGGCAAGAAAUUAAGAAAGGCAAACAAAAUCAUUAGUCAACAAGAAGAAGAAGAGGAUGUUGAUGAUGGAUUUGGUGAUAUUAGUAUAGAGGAAACAAUUGCAGUUGAAAAGAUGGAAGAAGAAGAAGAUGAUGAUGAUGAUGAAAUCAUUGAAACUAGUCAAAAGAAACAACCAUCAAAAAUCAUCCAAGAACAAGAAUCUGAUAUUAGUGAAAGCGAGCAAGUAUCAACUUCUGAACCCAUCAUCAAAAUGGACUUGGAAAAGAAAGAGAAAGAGAUCAUUGAGGAGGAAACCACUACUCCAUCCAAAAAGAUUACUCCCAAAAAGACUACACCCAAGAAGUCAACUCCAACCAAAGCAACAACACCACCUCCAACUAAAAAGAACCUUUCAAAGGUUACCCAAGUUGAAAAGACUGUUAGUGAUGGUGAAAGUGACGAUGAUGAUGAUGAAGAGAAACCAACAACAAAUGUAAAUAAGAAUAAUAAGAAAUCACUGUUGACCAAGAGAAAGAUCCUUCCCGAACAAAAGGAUAACAAAUCAAACAUCAAGAAACAAAAAGGAAAAGAGGGUGCUCAAAAGGUAGUGGAAAAGGAAAGCAGCGAAGAAAGCAGUAGCAGUGGUAGCGAAGCAAUCAAGAAGAAGCAACCUACUCCCACAAAGAAACCAUCAAAGGUUGUCAGCAGUGAUGACAGUAGUAGCAGCAGUAGUAGUAGCGAGGAUGAAAAGACCAAGCCUAAAAAGACAAUCCUCACUCUCAAAAAGCCAUACACUUCUCCCAAAAAAGCAGCUCCAUCUCCAAAGAAGAUUGUUAGUAGUGAUGAUAGUAGUAGCGAUAGCAGUGACAGCGAACAAGAAAAGAAGAAGAAGAAGAAGCCAGCUGUCAAUGGUAAAUCCAAACCAUCCAAGAGUAGUGAUAGUACUAGCAGUAGCGAAGAGGAGGAACAACCAACCAAGCCAUUCAAAAAAUCGACUACUGCAACCACCAAAAAGGCUAAAGCAAAGGUUGUCAGCAGUGAUGACAGCAGUAGCAGCAGCGAAGAAGAAGAGGUAAAGAAGAAAAAGAAAAAGGUUAUACCUCUCAAGAAACCUUCAAAGAUUGUCAGCAGUGACGACAGUAGUAGCGAAAGCGAAGCAGAACAACCUAAAAGAGUACAAGUCAAAAUACCACUUAAAAAGAAUAACAAGAAGGCUCCAAUCAAGAAACCUGUCAAAAAGGUUGUAAGCAGUGACAGUAGUAGCAGCAGUAGCGAUGAAGAGGAGAUUAGAAAGAAAAAGAAAAAUAUUGCUCCUCAAAAGAAGAAAUAUACUGUUGCUGAUGACAGUAGCAGCAGUAGCAGCGAAGAGGAGGUAAAGAAGAAAAGGAAGGUUGUAGUUCCCAAAAAGAAUGUACCCACCAAAAAGAAGAAUAAGAAAGUUGUCAGUAGUGAUGACAGCAGCAGCAGCAGCAGUGAUAGCAGUAGCGAUUAA